AUGGCAGAUAGAAGAAAAGGGAAGGUGACCGAGGGUUUGAAGAACUAUAAGCGAAAGGAUCAAUCGGAGAGGUUUUCGGGUACACCCUAUGCAUUUCGCCCUAAAUUCACUCAGGGGAAUUCGAGUGACAAUCAUGGAGGUCCGACUGUUUGUAGCAGAUGUGGAAAAUCUCAUCCUGGAGUUCGUUGUGACGGUCAGCUCAUCACUUGCUAUUACUGCCAUGAGCCGGGACAUGUUAAGAGGUUUUGCCCCAAGUUAGUUGGAGCUCCGAAUGCAUUUGAGAGGACCCCGGUUCCACAGCAGCAAGAUCGUACACUGCCAUUGGCACCUCAGCGUGCAAGAGGAGGGGGAAGGAGUGGCCAGAAAGGUCACAUUAAUGUCAUGACGAGAGGGCAAGUUGUGGAGAACCAGGGAGACGUCAUGACCGGUACGUUCUUGGUGAAUUAUUUACCUGUGGUUAUUCUCUUUGAUUCCGGUGCAUCCCUUUCUUUCAUAUCGAGUAGAUGUGCUAAGAGGUUAGAAUUAGAUUCUCGAGUAGAGGUUUCGGUGGAGAUUAGGCUACCUUCAUGA